AUGCUGGCUCCGAAGCCCCCUGUGGACUUGGAGGGCCAUUGCUCCGUCGUUUACGAUAACACUCUUUACGCCUAUUCCGCCAAUGGAUUUGUGUCGAUCCCCCUCGAACGCAAUGCGACGUGGACCAACCUGACCAUGGGAGAGCCGGUCUCCAAUGCGGCAUGUGUGAUGGGUGGUAUCGAUGGAAAUGAAGACAGGCAUGCGCUCUACGUCGUGGGCGGCUCCGGCUCCCAAUCGAACCUCUCCGGCUUACAACGCUACUCCUUUCAAGACAAGAACUGGACCUCCAUUCCUCAAGAGAACCUGGCCCAUCGGACUCGACACCAGGCAGUCUACCUUUCCAACUCAUCCAGUAUCCUGGUCUACGGCGGUCACACCUCGGAACAAUCAGUCGCCUCUUCAGACACCUUCGUCGCAUACGCUACCUCCCCUUAUACUUUAGACGCUUUCUCGGCAUCGGAUGCCUCUCCGGCUUACGUUCCUGUCUUGCUGCCCUGGGGCGAUAGCGAAGCCGCCUUGGUGGGCGGCACCACAACCCCGAAGGGAGUUCACCUAUUUGACUUGGCCCGUGGCUGGUACGAUUCCAAUAUAACCCUGGCCGAUUCACUCUCCAGCGAUGUACAAGCGGCAUUGCUCGAAGGAACAGAUGGUACCAAGAUCCUGGAGGCUUUCGACAUGGGGGUCUCGCCCAACACCGUCUCUAGCGUAGAGUUAGUCAAGCCAGGGGGUACGCCUGCCAACCCUGCGGCCACCUUGGGGGUCAAGUCUUCGUCCACCAAGCAAAGGAGAGAAGUCAGUAUGAGCGAUUACCCAACUUAUUCGAGCACAUUGGCCUCUUCCACGACGAGGCAGAAUUAUUCACUAGCGCAGGGCGAAGAUGGCCUGGUUGUCAUUUCCGGUGGAAGCGGCACCGACUCGUUAGCCAUCUUUAACCAAACCGCCAACAGCUGGGUCAACACCACAAAACUGUUCUAUGGGGAGAAGUCAGAGCAACAAAUCCUCGGGUCAACAACGCACACGUCAUCCAAUACUGCAUCGACCAGCAGCUCUUCCGCCAGCUCGACUACCAGCACGUCAUCCACCGCUGCUGCCAGUGGAGGCUCCUCGAGCAGCGACAUUGGGACCAUUGUGGGUGCCACCUUGGGUGCAAUUUUGGGCGUAGGAGUUAUCCUGAUUCUCAUCCUGCUCUGGAUUAAACGCAAGAAGCAAAGCAUCAAACAAGCUCAGGGCGACGAUAAAGAUCGACUGAGCUUCCAAGAUCGCGGUGUGGAGCCUCUGGCCCAAUCGGCUUACCCCAUGGCAAGGAGCUCCGCUCCCUUGGCCGCUGCCUCCGUCGACUCGUUGGCCAUUUUCUCGGGCUCGAUGAGCGACGAGAAGACGCCCCGAUCAGCUGGAGCUCUUCCACCUUAUGCGCAAAACACUAGUCCAUUGAAGCCGAGCCCGCUGGUGACUGUGCAGUCCCCCGAUGCCUCCCCUAGGACAUACUCUCCGAGUGCGUACUCGAGCGCUGCCCUCGACAAAGAACUGUCCGUUAGAGAACUUAAUCCCGGAGGCAACCCAGGCGAUCGGCUGACCAACGAGGGAUGGAGUCGGUACUUCCAAGACAACAGUGCGACCGACCUGGCCGGAAACCAGCCACAAGCUCUCCAGCCCCCUGCGCCGGGGCUGAGGAGUACCCGGACGGAUUCCAGCAGCACCGCGUGGCCGAUCAAGCUGGCGCCUCUCAACUUCGGAUUCUUGGACGAACCUAAGCCCCUGGGUGGCCAAGUGAUCAGCGGCAGUCCCACCACUGAACACGCAUCAUCGAUCAUCUCCUCGGAAGGUCGGCAGAUGAUCAUCCCAGAGAGCCAGUGCGCCCGCAUCUCGACCGCAUCUUCCAUCGGUGACGACCUGGAGAAUGAUCCGCACUGGCAGUCACGCAGUUGGACGGGCCGACCUCCCAGCAGCACGUACAGUCGCAGCUACUACAACCCCAGCACGCGCGCGCCUUCCAUGGCUCCGUCCAUAGCGAUGCCCUCCGACGGCGAUUCUCGUCUCGACCCAUCUAGCGCCUACAACAACCAUCGCGGCUCCAGCAUCCUCAUCUCAGACAGCCUCGAACCGAUGCCAGAACACGAGGAACACGGUCACGGGCCUGGUCAGAAGGCCAAUGUCAAUUCAGAUAUGAGCUGGUUGAAUCUUCAAGGCGACAAAUGAUUGAACCGCCCCCACCUUCCUUCCUCUUGCUCAGUCAUCCCCACACAUUCUCUGUCUUCAACCUCCUCCACCAUCACAACCAUCUACUUUACAUUUACAUCACCGGUCUCUCCAGACCACCAUGUAAAAAAAGCCUUCUCUCCCCAUGACCGCACCCAUCUACCCGCGAUAGAUGGUCUGUACAGCUAGCUGCGCUCGUCCCUCUUUCUUCCAUCGAUUUCUUUCCCCAUCUUCUUGUUUCUGCGCUUGUCGUCGUCUACUACAG